AUGCCCAGACUUCUUGAAUACCACGGGUUGACAGAAAUCACAGGAGCACCCGGCACUGGAAGAACGGCGAUUGCAAUCGAAGAAUCCAAGACAUGCCCAACAAUUUACAUCACAACAAAGGCACUGUGCACAAGUAGAUACCACGGGUCAUCACAUGAGCAGAUGGAUCGGAUAGUCAUUAAGCAUGUUUCGACGACUUCGCAACUGCUGAUGUUUGUGAUGAACUGCAUCGAGCAGCUUAUUGUUGAAAGAGGCAUCGAGCUGGUGAUAAUAGACAGCCUGGACCAUCUUCUUGCAUCAGAAGAACGAGGAGGCAGUGGAUGCAGGUCGGUGUUUGCAAUAAUGAACAGGCUCAAAAGGAUGAAUCAGAAGUACCUUGUGGAUGUCUUGGCAGUCACAUGCCAUUACGGCAAUUGGGUCGUUGAAAACUUUUGUAUAGAAAAUCCAGUGCUUGGGAUGCAAUGGGCAUAUAUAGUGAAUACAAAAUACAUGUGCAUUAAAAAUCAUGAUGGAAGAACUCUCAAGCUAGUGAAGUCACCUAUACAUGAUCCUCAUGAUGCAGUGUUUGAGGUGCAUGCAUCAAGCGUAAUUGUUAUCGAAAGUAGAGCUUGCUAA